AUUAUACAUCAAAUAUAAAUGAUAGGCUUACAUCUAUGACGGGUUUGCCCAAUAAUCGUAAGAGCACAGAAGGAGAAGAGAGAAAACUGUUGAUAACUGAGAAAUCCCCCCUUGUUGGUUCCGUAACGAUGACUAUAAAUGUUGUAGCCAGAUCUGGGUCCCGAGAGAGCAGUAAUGGUUUCCUGCCUCUCUAUAUAUACUAACAAUUUUCCCUUUUAUCCAAUGGUCUUUGAUCGGUGUGCUUUCUCAUGAUUGGGUUAUUCAUUACUUGCCCAAACAUUACACUUGUCCUGCGAUGUGAGCUUUCUAACGGCUUGAUCUCGGCAGUGACCGUGGUUCUCGUCGUCAUCGCGCCUCGUGGGCACGACCAUGGCUGGAUCGACCUCUUGCUGUCCCCUUUAAUGAUAACUAUCUGAUGAUUAGAUUUUGACCCAUACACUAGCUACCAAAAAGUGCUUCUGUUUUCUCUCUUUUUCUAAAAAUAGAUUCUACAUUCACAACAAUAUUCAUGAACGCGUUUAAGCACAGCUCUAACAACAGCACCACGUGUCCUCUUCUGAGUAAGAUUGCAAUUCACAAUUCUCCGACACUAAAUUAAAGAAAUGUCAGUAACCCCUGCACUUCCAUUUCCAGCCAUUUCAGUCCCCAGGAACAUAAAAUUCCGUGACCUAAAAACCCAAACACUCUUCUUAAUACGAUCGUCAUCGUCACAAUCGCCGUCAAUGGACACUCCACAACCGAAAAAGGUCGCGGUCUGCGGCGGUGGAGUCAUCGGAGUCUGCACCGCCUACUUCCUAUCAAAAAAAGGCGCUGCAGUUACCCUAAUCGAGCAAUCCUCUGUCGCCUGCGCCGCCUCUGGCAAGGCCGGAGGUUUCCUAGCCCUAGAUUGGUGCGACGGCGGUCCCCUCGCCUCACUCGCACGCGCCAGCUUCAAUCUUCAUCGCUCACUCGCUGAAGAGCUUGAUGGACCCCACUCCUACGGCUAUCGUCCACUCACUACCCUUAGUAUCUCAGUCACCGAAUCAUCAUCAUCAUCUUCUUCUUCGUCGAACCGAACUGGGCCGCUUCCGUCUUGGGUUAACGGCCCAGCUAAAAGCCCAAGAACUAUUGGGUCAACUAAUAGCACGGCCCAAGUCCAUCCACAGCUCUUUACUAAAAAACUAUUAACCAAAGCAAUGGAGGAAUAUGGAGUUGAGCUGGUAAUUGGUAAAGCAGAGAGAGUUGAAAUGGCGGAGGGGAAAACGAAGGGAAUUGUAUUGGAAGAUGGGAGAGAGAUUGUGGCAGAUGCAGUUGUGUUGGCACUUGGGCCUUGGACUAAGAGAUUCUCUGUUUUGGGCUCGCUUUUCGGGGUUUACGGAAUUAAAGCCCAUAGCAUUGUGCUCGAACCUAAAGAGCCGAAUAGGAUCACGCCACAUGCGUUGUUUCUUACUUAUUAUCCGGCCCAUGGUGGGAAGCCCAUGGACCCGGAAGUUUAUCCUCGUCCAACAGGGGAAGUUUAUAUAUGUGGAAUGUCAGCUCGAGAAGAGGUUCCAGAUGAUCCAGAGCAGGUAACUCCAGUUCCAGAAUCAAUAAACGCGCUUAAGAGAGUGGCUGCUAGUGUAUCAAGCCAUUUGGUGGAGGGGGAGGCAGCUGUGACGGCUGAACAAGCGUGUAUCCUACCUUGCUCUGAAGAUGAUGUGCCAAUUAUUGGGGAAGUUCCUGGUUUAAAGGACGUUUACGUGGCAACCGGACAUAGCUGUUGGGGAAUUCUUAAUGGUCCGGCCACAGGUGCUGCUAUGGCCGAACUCGUUCUGGAUGGACAAGCUAGCAUAGUUGAUCUUAGCCAAUUUACCCCCGCAAGAUUCGCUCGUGUUAUGAAGAAGUAAGAUGAUUUUAUACAAAUCAUCUGAGGCAAGACGGCUUCAUAUACUCAUCACCACAAAAGGCAAAAGGGUAAUUGUUGAAAUGAAGAACUUGUAGGUUUGUUGUUUUAGCUCUAAACAUAGCACAAAUUUGUAUGGAAACAACUGGUCACAGUUACAUUUUCAUUAUCAGCACACUAAAUGUGGAGUCUGUCCAAGAAAUAAGGUGUCUAGACAUAAAACCAAUAUGCAGUGUUAUCGAGCAGAGUACUCAAUUAGUUGGAAUGUAUUUAUUAAUCAGAAUGUUAUCUUGUAAGAUGAUUUCUAUCUGUGUUGCUGAGACUCUCCAAAAGUGCUGCCGCACCGUGUCAGAUCCUCCAAAAAUGCACUAAAUUUGGAGGACCGACAGACACCCAACAACAUUUUUGAAGAGUCCGAGUAACAGAAGCAGAAAUUUUAAUUAGGGGACUUGAAAUCAGAACUUUGAGUCCGCCAAGAAGGUUAGAGCAGUAAUACUUUUGUUAUCCA